GUUCAUCUCCCAAGUCCGCCCCACGCCGGGCGGGGCCUGGCCGGACUGCUCUAACUGCCCCCGCGAGCCCAGGGCACCAGCCACGAGGUGGCCGGCACAGGGCUAGGUCUGGAUGGCUACGUGGAGACGGGAUGGCCGGCUAACCGGCAGCCAGCGGCUCCUGUGUGCGGGGCUGGCGGGGGCGUUCAGCCUCAGCCUCACCGCGCCCCUGGAGCUUGCCACUGUGCUGGCCCAAGUCGGCAAGGUGCAAAGCCACUCCCUGGGGCUGUGGGCCACCGGACGCCAAGUGUGGCUGUCUGAGGGGCCAAGGGCCCUGUGGAAAGGGAAUGGCGUGGCGUGCCUGCGCCUCUUCCCCUGCAGCAUGGUGCAGCUGGCCGCCUACCGAAAGUUCGUUGUGCUAUUCAUGGAUGACCUGGGCCGUAUUUCCCAGUGGAGUUCCAUUGUGACUGGAAGUCUCGCAGGCAUGGUUUCCACGAUUGUCACAUACCCUACAGACCUCAUCAAAACCCGAUUGAUGGUGCAGAACGUGCUGGAACCAUCAUACAGGGGGCUAAUCCAUGCUUUUUCUACUAUUUAUCAACAAGAAGGGUUCCUGGCCCUUUAUCGAGGGGUAUCCCUCACUGUUUUAGGUGCUGUUCCCUUCUCUGCUGGUUCCCUUCUAGUUUACAUGAACCUGGAAAAAGUCUGGAAUGGACCCCGGGACCGCUUUUCUCACCUGCAGAACUUUGCCAAUGUCUGUGUGGCUGCUGCUGUGAGCCAGACCCUCUCCUUUCCCUUUGACACUGUGAAGAGAAAGAUGCAGGCUCAAAGUCCUUAUCUUCCCCACUAUGGAGGAGUAGAUGUCCACUUCUCAGGAGCAGCUGACUGCUUCCGGCAGAUCAUGAAAACCCAAGGGGUACUGGGGCUCUGGAACGGACUGACGGCUAACUUACUAAAGGUAGUUCCAUAUUUUGGAGUUAUGUUUAGCAUGUUUGAGUUCUGUAAGAGAAUUUUUCUUUAUCAAAAUGGUUACACCCUGUCCCCACUGACCUAUAAACUGACCCCAGGAGUGGACCAAAGUUUGAAGCCUCAGGAAUUACGGGAGUUAAAGAAGUUCUUCAAACCCAGAAAACUGCACUCGAAAACACCACCUCGGUAAAGCUGACUGGAACUACACUGGUAGAAGUGCAGCAAUCACAGAUGAAUAUGGUGACCUCUUAACUGUGCACAUCAGGAGGAGGGAGAGGAAAUGGGAGCACGGGACCGUACAUCACCUCAGAACCCCAAACUUUCCCUGUGAAUAGCUGUGCUUUGAGAAGCUUCUCUGACACUGCCCCAUCACAAUGACAUCCCAGCAGACUGUAAGAAAGCCUAGAGGUAAUCAAACAUGCAGUAUCCUCUCUGAGGAGAAGCACUGUGCAAAGAAACAUAGUCACAACACUUCAAAGCAUCCUGUAGCUGAGGUGGCAGAACAGAGAAAGACCAUGGCCAAGCCCAGUCACAGGAGUCCCGGUGGAGUAGGGCCGCAUUUCACUGUCUUUGACCUGUGACUUCCCCACACAGACUAAUUGAACUGGUACCAUUGCUGGCUUCUGAGAGCACAAACCACCACGGAGGUUAGGACUUAGCCAAACUUCCCAACGAAAACCUUUUUGUUCUUUCACAUGAUCUUGUUACAAAGUCCAGGCUGCCAUCAGAGUCAUGAUGCUCCCUCCAGCCUAGACUUCCAGCUGGCUGGGAUUCCAAGUGCAUUCUGCCACACUAGAACCCUUAGAAUACUCAUUCUUUCUUGAAAACCCAAGCAUCCCCAGCUUUUGUUUCAAGAAGGCACUUUUCUCCAGGAUUUCUACCUCCAACCCAUCACCCCCACCCAAGUCCUGGCUGUCCUGGAGAUCUCUGUGUAGAUCAGGCUGCCUGCCUUUGCCUCCCAAGAGCUGGAAUGGAAGGCAUGCACCUACCACCGUCUGGCAGCCAUGGCUUCUUAAUGAUACACUGAGAUCCCUCACUAAAGCCAUGUACAGUUUCCGUGGCUUUAAUUAUCUGCCUUUUUAACUUGCUCUGUAAGCCUGCCCUGAAAAUAAAUUAUUUCAUCAUU